CACCUCAUAUAUCUUUGCUUAUUUUUUACAAAGACACAGACACAGCAAGCUUUAGUGCUGUUCUGCUGUACUCCCAACAUGGACACAAUAUCUUCCAGCUUCCUCGUCAUCCUGUUUCUAGGAAUAAACUAUUCAUCGUCAGAUAUUUUGCAUCGGCAGAAAAGAACCUGGAUAAUAGAUACCUUUUCAAUCGAAGAGGAAUACAGUGGAACUCAUCCGUAUGAACUCGGCAAAAUUGAACUGGCGAAUAAGUUCACACUUAUGAAGCUGCAUGGUCAAGGAGUCGAUGAGGAGCCCAAGGGGAAACUGAACAUUGACCCAAACACAGGGAUUAUCACCGUGCUCGGCAAAUUGGACUAUGAGAAAAACCAAAAACUUAUGAUGAAAUUUGAGGCAGUCGACAGAGUUACAAACGUCGUGGACACCAAACUUUCUGUUGAGGUGCAAAUCUUGGACGUAAAUGACAAUGUUCCUACUUUUACACAAACGUAUUAUAUGGUCCAUAUGAAAGAGUCAGCCCCACAAGGUUCAUAUGUGAUGGUUGUCUCUGCCACGGAUUUAGACAACAGAAACACCAAGAAUGGCACGUUUGGCUUCAAGAUUGUGUCCGUCACCCCAGAGCCCUCUGACCUGGAAUUCUACAUGGAAAAGAACAGUGGUUAUGGAAACAUCUCAUUUAGAGGGUGUCUGGACUAUGAGAAAUCAAAGACGUACACUAUCCUGGUGGAGGUGAAAGACCACGGGGAAGCGAUUCAGCUGUCAAGCACCUGCACCGUGGUCGUCAAUAUCGAUGACGAAAACAACCACCUUCCCGUCUUCACGGGGCCCUCGCAAAGUGCAACUCUGGAAGAAGGGAUAGUAGGCGUGGAGGUUUUACGCAUGCAAGCGACGGACAGAGACACCAAGGGCACAGAUGCCUGGAAGGUCAAUUAUGUCAUCCAUGGAGAAAGUGGUGUAAACUUCAGAAUCGUCACAGAUCCAGAGACAAAUGAAGGGGUCUUGUCCGUGAUAAAGCCCUUGGACUACGAGGACCAAUCGCUUUUGAACUUGACCAUUAGUGUGGAGAAUUAUGGGAAAUAUUUUUCAUGCCAGGUUGUGAACAAGAAUGUAAACAGCAAUGGUCAUUGGAAAGUGUUGACAACGAAUGAGAAGCCUGAGCUGUCCACAAAGGUUGUAAUAUUGAAUGUUUUAGAUGUGAACAGCGCACCCGUAUUCAAGCCCGAGAACAAAACAGUGACGGUGUAUGAGGACAUUUCUGUUGGGUAUAAUCUAGGGUCUAUGACAGCAGUUGACAGGGAUGUGGCACAUGGAAACAAGAUUCGUUAUUUCAAAGGAGAGGAUCCUGCCAAAUGGGUGACUGUGGAUCCAAAGAACGGUGUCAUAACAACGGUCAAAACAUUAGACAGAGAAUCAUCUGAUGUUAAAAAAGAUAUCUAUGCAGUCACUGUUUUGGGUGUUGACGACGGUGAGCCUCCGGCAACUGGAACCGGAACCCUGUUCAUACACCUGAGAGACCGAAAUGACAACACUCCCCUACUGGACGCCACAUCGAUUGGAAUAUGCAUCUCCGAUAACGACGCGGAUUCCAAAGCAAACAUCACUGCCUUUGAUCAUGAUGUGGAGCCCUUCGCCGGGCCCUUUACCUUCAAACUCCUCGGAGACGUGAAGGACAAGUGGAGGAUUGAGCCUGAAUAUGGGUACUCUGUCAACCUCUUCCGGGAGGACCGGAUCCCCAGCGGGCAACAUGUGGUUCAGCUGAAGGUGUCUGAUCAGCAGGACAACUCUGCUCUGCACAACAUCACCGUGAUUGUGUGUGAAUGCGCGGCUACCAACAUCGGGGGUAUGCCCAGCUGUCUGGAACGCCAACGCUCCAGCUCCAUCGGUUUCAGCGGAGCCGCUCCGAUAGGGUUUAUUGCCAUUCUUCUCCUACUAGGUAUAUUGCUUUUGGGGAUUCUACUAUCGUGCAAGAAAGAGGUUAUGCUCAUGCCAGAUGAAGGGACGGAACAAAACCUGAUUUGCUCAAACUCAGAGCAGCGGGGAAGCGACUGCAAGAUGUCAUUGAAAGCCUUACACGAGAGGGAGGACAGGAUCCAGAGGACUUGCGUGCACGACAUUGGCUACCAGUUCCAGACUGCUGAUUUGGAUAACGAUGUCUUUCCAAAGUUGAACACUUCCUUUUGCGACACUCACAAUGGCUAUACAAGUGCAAACUCUUUCAUGGGGGGAGCUCAAACUGGCUCAACUAGGAUAAACUCUUCCAUGAGAAGAACAAACGUUUCCUUUCGGGGAACUUCGAACGGCUACACAGGGACCAACGGCGAACAUCGUGCCGCUUUGGAAGACAUUUUAGAGCAACGCAACUACCUGCAACAAUUUAUAGACAGGAGAGUCGGGAUCCUCCAGGCCCCAGGGGAGGAGUUGGGAGACUACGCCCCUCACCUGUACGGUGAGGAGGGCCACCCAGACAGCAGCCAACCGCUGGAGCCCAUACCCAUCCAGGAGGUCUCCUUCCACCCAGACAUGCUGCAGUACCUGGACACAAAAUUCAACACGCUGGCCUCCCUCUGCAGCCCCGAAAUUAAAUCCUCGUAAACAUGUACGUGAGCACACAGAUGCAUGCAUAGACGCAUUUGCACCCACCCACACCCACACACAUAACACCCUGGUAUCGGAACCAACGGAUAAACUUCUAAGUAAAUAUUUGAUUAAAUUAUUUAAUAAUUAAUUAACUCCCACAGCCCAAGGUGAACAACAGUGUGUAAUACACUGCUUUAUUGAAUGAAUUACUUUCAAAUAUUUGUUUGAAAUAUUUGGCCCAGUAAGACAAAAGAAGUUUAACAUAGUUUGUUAAACAUAGUGUGACAAGUUAGUAGUUUUUCUUAGACUGCCAAAUUCCACCAAGUGGAAUGACUUAAAUCACUAAGAUAUAUGUACUGAAAUAUAUGUCUAUUUUUUGUGUAGUGUACAGUUAUUUAGUGUAAAGCUCUGUGUGCUUUCCUGUCGCGUGAACAUGAUUUAUUGAAAAUAAUUUGACUGCCUUGUCUGCCUCUUAAUCUCUGGAACUAAGUGGGUUCACACAAGUUCACACAUUCCUUGGAACUAUCUUGAUGCAUUUCACCAUAACAUUAACAAUAAACAACACUGGUUCCAUCAUGGUUAUUCUAGCAUUUUUGGUCAGGAAGUACCAAGAUGGUGGCUUGCACUUAUCUGAUCGAAACCUUGAUAUUAUCUAUGUAUUUCAGAAAAAUAGAGAUAACCAUAAUAAUAUUUUAAGUUGUUGCUUCUUUUUGCUACUUGGUCAUAAAGCUCUUUUUUGUAGCUGGACUUUAAUUUUGGUUGUAGGUUUGUUAUUUAUUAUGGGCUAUUAUUGUAAGCAACUGUGUAAAAAAGCAUCUGAAUGUAAUGCAUAUGUUGCCAAGUAUGGAAUCUUAGCAAGAAUUAGUCCUGUCUGUGUUGUGAGAUUGUGGUAAAUGGGGCGCAUGGCAAAUUACAAUAUAGCUGGGGAGCCCCAAAGUGACAAUUUUUCAUCAUCAUUUCAUAAUUUCUUUACUCUGCUAGUGGGUCUGUUUUUUAGGAGGAAUUUAAGUUUUUUUACCCUGUUAACUAGAUGAUAAUUAGGCUUAGAGCCCCUGAUAACCUGUGCAAAACAAAACAAAAAGUAUGUAAAAGUCGAAUGUCUUAUUCAGCCUAUAACCAUAUUUGUAUACGAAGAAACUUUCAUAAAAAAAAAUAAAAAAAGUGUGACUUCAACCGGUGUGGGUGUCAGAAUGACUCGGCUGCCAGAUCGACUCGGGGUCCUAGAUGCGCGAUAAUGACGCACUUCCUGUAAACUCUGUCUCUUAAAUGCGCUUCAGCGUUUCAUUCAUUCCCAUGUUAUUCCCAAGUAUUAACUAUCUUUUGUUUUCUAAUCUAUGAAUAAUAAUCUAAUGUACAAAUUAUUGAUGCAUAUACUUGGGUUAUAUAUAAAAGAAGAAUCGGCUAACUCCAUCCACUGAACGGGGCGAUACACUUUAUUUCCAGCGCUCCCAACACGGAGUCAAAACAGCGUCCCAGACACAGACACUUCCGUACUUCUUACAAAGGCCCCUUCCGCCUUCCCUCUAUAUAAUUCAUCCAAUUUAUUUUGCUGAAUAAUUACAGACUAAAUUUCACUUUCAGUUAAAUUUUCUGGUGUUUUUUGGUAAUCUGUGUUAUCUCUAAUAUUAUUUUUUCCUCCUCAGCUCUUUUAGCUGUAAAUAUAGAACUUCCGUAUGCUCUUAAAUAUUUUGACAC